GUCCCGGCCGGCGGCCCGUAGCGGGAGCGGCGCCGCCACGUUUCCAUGGGAGAGCGGGAGGGGCGCGGGGCUCCUUAAAGGGGCCGCACGCGGAGCGGUGCGAGUGCGGCGGCGAGAGCGGCGGGGAAUCAUGGCAGAGAAGAUCCUGGUGACCGGCGGAGCUGGCUACAUCGGCAGUCACUGUGUGCUGGAGCUGGUGGAGGCUGGCUAUGUCCCUGUGGUCAUAGACAACUUUCACAAUGCCAUCCGAGGGGCGGACGCACUCCCUGAGAGCCUCCGGCGUGUGCAGCAGAUCGUGCACCAGCCCAUCCUCUUCCAGGAGGCAGAUAUCACUGAUGAGGCAGCGCUGCAGGAGCUCUUCAGUAAGCACUGUUUCUCGGCCGUGAUGCACUUUGCGGGGCUGAAGGCGGUGGGGGAGUCAGUGCAGAAGCCCCUGGAUUACUACAGAGUGAAUCUCACUGGGACCAUCCGGCUGCUGGAGACCAUGAAAGCCCACGGCGUGAGGAACAUCGUGUUCAGCAGCUCUGCCACCGUCUACGGAGACCCCAAGUACCUGCCCCUGGAUGAGAACCACCCGGUUGGAGGCUGCACCAACCCCUAUGGCAAAUCCAAGUAUUUCAUCGAGGAGAUGAUUCGAGAUCUCUGCAAAGCAGAGAGGGACUGGAACGCUGUUCUCCUGCGCUAUUUUAACCCCAUUGGUGCCCAUGAGUCGGGCAUGAUCGGAGAAGAUCCUCAGGGGAUCCCAAACAACCUCAUGCCCUACGUGGCACAGGUGGCAGUGGGGCGCCGGGAAUUCCUGAGCGUGUUUGGGAACGACUACAAGACGGACGAUGGAACAGGCGUCAGGGAUUACAUCCACGUCGUGGAUUUGGCCAAGGGCCAUAUCGCUGCUUUGAAGAAGCUCAAGGAGAACUGCGGCUGCAAGAUCUACAAUCUGGGCACCGGCACCGGCUACUCCGUCCUGCAGAUGGUCCGGGCCAUGGAGAAAGCCUCGGGGAGGGAGAUCCAGUACAAGGUCACGGGCCGGCGGGAGGGGGACGUGGCCUCCUGCUACGCCAACGCGGCGCUGGCCGAGCGCGAGCUGGGCUGGAAAGCCGCCUUCGGCCUGGACAAGAUGUGCCAGGACUUGUGGCGGUGGCAGCUGCAGAAUCCCACAGGCUUCAGCAAGAACUGAGCUGUGGCCCGAGGGCUCGUCUGGUGGCCGAGUGCUGCUCCGGGCCAGCCCUGCCAGCCUCCCCGGUGGCCCCAGCGAUGCUGUGGUCAUCCUGGGUGCAGUUCCAGCUGCCCCCCCUGCCCCUUGCACAGGGGAGGAAGGCGGGAGCGUGCCCGGCCUCUCCGCUCCUCAUCCUCAUCCCCCCCAGGGCCUUUGCAUCUCACAGAGCAGGAACAGAAGGACAGAGCCAGGGCCCGGCUUUGGCACCCGGGGCACGACCCCCCUCGUGGGAGCGGUGGCAGCCCCUGCAGGGAGAAGGUGCUUGGCUGGGCCCUGCAGCCGCUGCUGGCGCUGCUCCUGGGCCCUGCCUGCGCCCGGGGAAGCGGCUGCAUCCAGCACUCAACCACAGAGUCCUGCUGAGCCCAAACCGCAGGGAAACCACCAGUCCCCUCUGGCCCCCGACCCACCCAGCUCAGGGAGCAGGGGAGGCUCCUGGUCUCGGGGGGAGGCCAGGGCACCCGCUGCCCCCUGCCCUGGGCACAGAGUGGGCUGCUGAGCACCUACCUCACAGCCCCAGGAGCCCCCUGAGCCCCCACACCCCAGGGAGCAGCCACAGCCCGAGGCCACCACUGCUCGUGGCCCCAGCCCAGCUCCCUGGGGCGAAGGCCCCCAUGGCUGCCAAGGGCUUCUUCCCCCCAGCAAUCCCCUUUUCCCCCAGCCUGGUUUUGGGGACCAAGUCUCAUCUCCCACGUGCUCCUGCGGCGCCGGAGGAGCCCCUGCCCGCGGCACAGCCCACCUUGCCCAGCUGAAGCUGCCGCUGGCUUUGGCUGGUGCCUGAUUUUGCUUCCACGGUGCCUGCGGCAGCCGCUUCUGCAGUCACGUUGCCAAAGGCUGCCCAGGGGAAGGCUCUGCUCAGCUGUCACACACUGCUCCUAUUUAUUCCUGGUGGCUCGAACGGCUUCGUUAGGCAGCGAUGACGCAGUCAGCCCGGUUUGCUGUCAGUUGGAUUAAUAACUUAUGCUACUAAAUUAUGAAUUGAGCUUUUGAUUUGUUUUUAAAUAAACUUUCUUACUUUCUGA